AUGUCUCAAGCUCAAGAGCUCGUCCCGUACCAUACUGUCACCCGCGACAUUUACGCACCAAUCGGCGAAGUCUGGGGUAUCUUGGGAGGCUUUGGGGCAGAGAAGGCCUGGUAUCCGGGAUGCAUCAAGCUCAGUCUCGAGGGCUUUGGCAUCGGCAGCAUCCGCAGAUUCAGCUAUGAGUAUCCUGCUGGGCCACAAAAGGGAGAGCGAUACGAGUUCUCCGAAGAGAUGACCGAAGUCGACGCUUCGAAUUACUCGAUGACUUUCAGAGUGCGAAGACCUGAUUACCCUGAUAUGAUCGCGUUCGGAACAACUGCGCUGGAAUACGUUAGCCCUAACAAGACUCGUUUCAUUUGGAGCUCAAAGGGGAGUCCCCUGCCGGAAGAGUGGUUGAAGGGAUUGAAGGAGGAUCUGGAAUUGCGAUUCUCCGGGCUCAUUGCGGCAAUUGCACAACAGGUGGAAUGA